AUGGCAGUGGCUCAAUCUUCGUCGAUCAAUGAAGCAUACUCGCCUCACCCCUAUCUUUACGCCGCCACCACUCAAGCUGCAUCUCCCGCAGUCUUUUCCCCCCAAACAAACCCUAGAAUUCCCCCUCCGAACCCCCAAACUCUCCCACCGAUCGACAUUUCUCCGCCACGUUGCCACCGUCACCGAGGGGAAGACAAGCUUGGAGUCACCGCCACCUCCUUUGCUCCUGCUGCGGUUGUUGCCGCACCUGGCGCUGGAGCUGAAGCACCUGCUGCCGUGGAGGAGAAGACGGAGUUCGAUGUUGUGAUUGAUGAGGUUCCUAGUAACGCGAGGAUUGCGAUGAUUAAAGCCGUUAGAGCUUUGACGAGUCUGGCGCUUAAGGAGGACAAAGAGCUUAUUGAAGGACUUCCGAAGAAAUUCAAGGCAGGAAUAUCGAGAGAUGAAGCAAAAGAGGCUAAGAAACAACUUGAAGGAGCUGGCGCAAAAAUUUCGAUUGUUUAG